AUAUAUGCACACAUAUACAUAAUAUUUAUCCUUAUAUAUAUAAUAUAUUCAACACGAAUGAAUAUGCAUGUAUAUGUGCAUAUGUAUAUAUUUGAAUACCUAAGUGUUUGAGCUUGGUAAAUGUAAAACACCAGUAUAUAUACACACAUAUAUACACACAUAUAAACACAGAUAUAUUCAUGUCAACGUAUAAAUGUGACUGUAUAGCUAAUUAUAUACACAGGACACUACAUACAUGUAUGUCAACAUACGAAUGAUCACCUACAUAUUUAACAUUCAACAGUAUAUAUAACAAAUAUAUAUACACACUGUAACACACACACAUACAUACAUACACUAUAUAUAAUAUAUAUAUGUCCCUGUCUGUGACAGAGUAUAUGUGUGUGUAUAUAUAUAAUAUAUAGAGCCAUCUGAAUGCUAAUGUAUACAUUCAACUACUAUUAGCCGCCAGAUAUACAUACAUACACACAUAUAUACAUAAGUAUAUAUACACACCUGUUAAUUACAAAAAGCUUAGUCAUUUUGGUGCCCGAUGUGUGGAUAAAAGGUAGAAAUAGACAUAGAAAAAAAAGUUUGGUGACAUUAGAGGUCACAACUAUUGAAGGAAGCUGCACGUAGCCUCUCAUUGAUCAUGUCAUCCGAGAUGCAAAGCCAAGCUUCCGACCAGGACUCGGAGUACGACCAGUCUGACCAAGAAGAGGAUGAUCUUCUGUGUUACUAUGACAGCGACAGUAAUGACCUUGACAUUGACAAACCGAAAAACGACGAUACCGAACACUUCGAGUACGAACUCCUAACAGUAGAGGACGUCGAACGGUUGCUAAAUGAAGAAGUGGAGUACCUGUGCAGCUCUGUCGAUAUAAGCCCAGCUCUUUCCAAGAUGCUCCUUCAGGAACAUGGUUGGCAAAAGGAUAACUUGAUUAAAAAACACAAUGAGAAUCCUGCAGGAUUACUGGUGGAGUCCAAUAUAAUGCCUUCAGUCAAAUAUCAGGAUCCUGGAGCUAACAGUUUAGUAUGCACCGUCUGUACCAUCUGGUAUUCCCGAGACAGGAUGGAGUGUCUAACCUGCGGCCAUCCCUUCUGCAAAGAAUGCUGGGAUAGAUAUUUUCAAGUACAAAUCUACCAAGGGGUCACCAUACGAAUUCAGUGUAUGGCAGCGGAGUGUAACGUGCUCGUACCGGAGAACAUAAUCUGUGAAGUUCUCAGUCAGCCGGACAUCCGAGACCGAUACAUGAGACUUACAUUUAUGGACCACGUCAAGACCCAUCCUGAGUUGCGAUUCUGCCCUGGUCCCAACUGCCCAGUAAUAGUCAGAGCCCCACAGCCCCAAGCCAAAAAAGUGGACUGUUCCAAAUGCAAAACUUCUUUUUGUUUCAGAUGCGGAAUAGAAUACCACGCUCCCACUGAUUGUAAUACCAUCAAGAAAUGGUUAACAAAGUGUGCCGAUGAUUCCGAGACUGCAAACUACAUAUCGGCUCACACUAAAGAUUGUCCAAGAUGUCACGUUUGCAUAGAGAAGAAUGGUGGAUGUAAUCACAUGCAAUGUUCACGAUGCAAACAUGAUUUUUGCUGGAUGUGUUUAGGAGAUUGGAAAACUCAUGGUAGCGAAUACUACGAAUGCAGUCGUUACAAAGAAAAUCCCAACAUUGCUAAUGAAUCUGCCCAUGCGCAAGCGAGGGAGGCCCUCAAGAAAUACCUCUUCUAUUUUGAAAGGUGGGAUAAUCAUGCCAAAAGUCUUAAACUUGAAGAACAGACCCUGACUAGCAUCAAAAGUAGAAUCCAAGACAAGGUGAUGAAUAACUCUGGAACGUGGAUUGAUUGGCAAUAUCUGCUUGAUGCUGCAACUCUGUUGAAAAAGUGCCGAUACACUUUACAGUACACCUACCCAUACGCCUAUUAUAUGGAUAAAGGGGCAAGAAAGGAGCUGUUUGAAUAUCAACAGGCUCAGUUGGAGGCAGAGGUUGAAAAUUUGUCCUGGAAGAUAGAGAGAGCUGAAAUCACAGACAGAGGGGAUUUGGAAAACCAGAUGGAUGUUGCUGAGAAGAGGAGACUGACAUUACUGAAAGACUUUCUUGAGAUUUAGGCACAGACACACAGACAGACAACCAUGCACGUAUACACACACACACACAUGCCCAAUAACAUACGUGUUGCAGACAAGUGGCGGCUUUUACUAUUGGAAGAUUUAAUUGGCAUUUAGAGCCCUCCACACACACACACACACACACACAUAAUUUGUACACACAUACAAAUAUAUAUACACA